AUGCUCUCUCGCAUUACAAACCUGUCCUCUCAUUUUUUUCUCUCUCUCUCAUACGCUGCAGUACCCCCCCUCUCAUCUCUUUUUCAAUAUGAAUCACUUUUACAUCUUUCGGAAUCUGUCCCCUCCCCUUUUCGCAGACACGUCUUCAUUUUCUCUCUUUUCUAUAAUACUGUCUUUCUCUCUCCCUCUUUCUUUCAUUAUAAAAUUGUUCUCUCAUUAAUCAUUUUGACAUCUCGCUAUCAUAUACUUCUUCUGUUCUCUCUCUUUUUUCCCCCCUCUCUACUCUUCCCCUACUCUUCCUUCUCUCUACUCUUCCUAUCCUUCUCUACCUUUCCUUCUCUACUUCCUUUCCCUUUUCUCUACUCUUCCCUCUCUACUCUUCCGCCUUUCUCUCUCUCUCUUUCUAUAAUCUGUUCAUAUCUAUCUAUCUAUCUAUCUAUCUAUCUAUCUAUCUAUCUAUCUAUCUUUAGUCUGUUCAUCUAUCUAUCUAUCUAUCUAUCUAUCUAUCUAUCUAUCUAUCUAAGUCUGUUCAUAUCUAUCUCUCUACCUAUCUCAGUCUGUUCAUAUCUAUCUAUCUAUCUAUCUAUCUAUCUAUCUAUCUAUCUAUCUAUCUGUUUGUGUCACUUUUUAUCAGCUAUCUCACCUUAUUUGUUUAUCUUCCACAGUUUUGAAGCCUCCUCGCCAUCACUCUUCCUCUUUUCUAGCAAACGAAUCUCUAUCUUUCACCGGUUAGUCUUUCAGUGUCAAUCCAUCUCAAUCUUUCAGUUUUCAGCGUCAUAUACGCAACCCAUAUAUGUCACUGUACAGAAGCCUCCACAAACUUUCAUUGAAACCGUUCAUACCCCCUCUCUCGCUCUCUCUCUCUCUCAUCUACCCCCCUGUUCUCACCCGUCUUUCCCGCUCUCUCUCUCUCUAUUCCGCUCACUCUCUCACCAUGUCCCACGCUCUCCUUUUUCCUACACACAAACUCUCCCAUUCUCAUUUUCUUUCAUUCACUUUCUCUCUCUCUCUCUCUCUCCCGAGACCCCCUCCCCCCGCCAGUACCUCUCCCCCAAUAACUUCUGCUCGUAUCUAUCUAUCUAUCUAUCUAUCUAUCUAUCUAUCUAUCUAUCCAAUUUUGUUUAUGAUCUAUGUGUCCCAAUCUGUACGUAUCUAUCUAUCUAUCUAUCUAUCUAUCUAUCUAUCUAUCUAUCUAUCUAUCUAUCUAUCUAUCUAUGUGUGUAUGUAUUUAUGCAUGUAUGUAUGUAUCUAUACGAGUUUGUUCAUUAUCUAACUAUCCCAUUCAAUUCCUUUCAUAUCUAUCUAUCUAUCUAUCUAUCUAUCUAUCUAUCCAAUUUUGUUUAUUAUCUAUGUGUCCCAAUCUGUACAUAUCUAUCUAUCUAUCUAUCUAUCUAUCUAUCUAGUUCACAAUUUUCAUAUCUAUCUAUGCAUGCAUGUUUGUAUGUAUGCAUCUAUCUAUCUAUCUAUCUAUCUAUCUAUCUAUCUAUCUAUCUAUCCAACUGUGCCUUUGUCGUAAAGAUAAGAACAAUCGAAACAACGCAUUUUAAGAUGUUUAAAAAAAGGUGUUUUGUAUCUAUCUAUCUAUCUAUCUAUCUAUCUAUCUAUCUGUGCUCUUAUAUCAAUCUCUGUAAGUCUUUUCAUAUCUAUCUAUCUAUCUAUCUAUCUAUCUAUCUAUCUAUGUUUUAA